AUGACCUCGCCAACUGCAUCAGCUAACGCUGCUGACAUGGAGUCCCAGUCGGACCUAUCGUCCAUUGGCUCUUCAAUGCCACAGUCGCUCGAGAAUGAACAAAAUACGAAAUCAUCGUUCCCAUAUGAUUCAUAUGAGAGCUAUGCAGAUCAUCUUUCCAAGGUGGACGAGACGUAUGAACGCCUUGUUGACUUUUUCAGGUCACCGCUACCUCAGCCCCGGGUGAGCGACAAGACCUCGCUAGGAACGGUAGUCAUUGUUGAUGAGCUCGGCGGGGAACUCAGGUUCAACGAGUUUCCUCAUAAACCCGAGCAACUAGACAAAGACCAUUCGUCUAUCUUAAAUCUCCUUGAAGAUCGCCCUGCCGAAUCUAACACGAGGUUGAUAUUCAUUGGCUACUACCAUGAUGCAAAGACUGGUGAGAUUGAAGGGGUGGAUCGCAGGAUCGUGGAUGCAGUUGGCAUGAAAUAUCGAGUCCAUCCGGAGGUGUAUAUGAUACAAUUCGGUAUCAUAGGGACUAGAGCAUCAGAUAUCACUUUUCUCUGGCAGUCGCAUGUCAGCGAUUAUUAUCUGAGCUUACACCAUCCUUUAGGGGACACAUCCAUCUACGUUCACGAGAGCGACGACUUGAGGAAGCAAAGAACUGUGAUAAUCGUUGCCUGCAAUGGUCCCAUUGACUAUAUCACCCGCGACCCGAACUUGUUUAGGUCAAAAAUGUUAUUUUUCAACAAGCCAUUCCCAGUCCCCGAUAUCAAAAAAUCAGAUAACCUCAAUGACAUAUACAUCGAUGAUCUCAAACAGUUUAAACCCGAAGAUAUCGCAUUAGCGACUCAAAACCCACUCCUUUACAUCUUACCCUGCGCUCAAAUAUAUUCCCUUUCUUUGGUUUUCGAAACUCAAUCGACAUCAUUGGAUCCUGAAAAUCCCGAUACACUAGCGCAUCGCUCUGACAAUCUGCAGAGGCAAAGUAGCAAUUUCCAGUGCCUAUGGGAAUUCGGGGCACGAUAUCCAACAUCCUCCUUGUCAGAGCUCAUGUUUUCCGUGCUCAAACGCGACUUGGAGAACGAAACUCAGCGGCUACAGGGACAAGUGCCACAUAUCAAUAUGUCUGCGGCGAUUGCAUCCCUUGAGGAAUCAAAGCGCAGUGUCCAACAAAACGAGUCCCUAAAACGCCUGACCAAGCUCGCUUUUAUAUUUGUCCCGCUGACCUUUGUCACUUCUGUUUUCGGCAUGAAUUUGAAUUUACUGGGGACUGGCAAAGCACAUGUGUGGAUGGUCGUUGUCGCAGUGCCCUUGGCCUAUUUACUCGGGUAUGCAGGGCUGGGUUUCUAUCACAUCUGGAAGGCGAUUCGAAGAAGUAUGCGGGUGAUGUUGCGAUUUCUUGGACUAUCCAUGCUCCUGGAUCGUUUAAGAGAAUGGCGAUAA